AUGGACUCUCCAAUCGUGGCCCAACUUUUCCGCCAACUCUUCCACCAUAGACCUCCGGGCUGCAAAGGCGUCAGAAACAUCACCCAGCUCCGCAAUGGCCUUCGAACUGCUGCUGUGGUCGGCCACAGCCAAAGCCGCUUUUAUGCUACUAAACAUCGCUCUAGUGAUCGCGGCAUGAAGAAGAACGAGAGUCGAUGGCAGCAGCGCACGAAUAUUCUGCCCCAGGAUCGGUCAGCUGAGUUUGCUGAGUAUCCGUACAUAUCCAUCGACGAGCUUAAGCAACACAGUCUUUACAACCCAUCAUAUGGUUAUUUCUCCAAACAAGCCGUCAUCUUCAGCCCCGGCGAACCCUUCAACUUCAACUCUAUGCGCGACGAGAUCGAGUUCCAGUCCGAACUAGGCCGUCGCUACACUGAAUUCGAAGACAUUCUCGACGACCGUGAGGGCGAUAAUCCAACACGCCAGCUAUGGCACACACCUACCGAGCUCUUCCGCCCCUACUACGGCGAGGCCAUCGCCCGCUACCUCGUCUCCAACUACCGCCUCACCACAUAUCCCUACCACGAUCUUCUAAUCUACGAGAUGGGCGCCGGUCGCGGAACCCUCAUGCUCAACAUUCUCGACUAUAUCCGCGAAGUCGACCCGCAGGUAUACGCCCGCACCAAGUUCAACAUCAUCGAAAUCUCGUCGACGCUCGCUGCGCUUCAGAACAGACAUCUUCUCUCCACGGCUGCAUCGCGGGGUCAUGCCGACAAGGUCGAGAUCAUCAACCGAUCCAUCUUCGACUGGGACCAAUACGUGCCCUCGCCGUGCUUCUUCCUUGCCAUGGAAGUCUUUGAUAACUUCUCCCACGAUGGUAUCCGCUACGACGUUGCUACCGAGCAGCCUCUGCAGGGCCACGUGCUGAUUGACGGCGAAGGGGACUUUUACGAGUUUUACGUCCACGAGCUUGACCCCCUUGCUGCACGAUACUUCCGCGUUCGCCAUGCUGCCACAGGGGGAGACUAUCCCAAACCCUAUGCCAGCAACGCCGUUCUGCGCUACCUCUCCAGCAAAGUGCCUUUUGCCGCCAACCUUUCUGAUCCAGAGUUUAUCCCCACGCGACUCAUGCAGUUCUUCGAUGUUCUCGAAAAGUACUUCCCAGGCCAUCGACUCGUGACAUCUGACUUUGACUGGCUACCCCAGGCUGUCAAGGGCAUGAAUGCGCCCGUCGUUCAGACACGGUACCACAGAAAGAUGGUACCUGUAACAACACCCUUGGUUCAUCAAGGCUACUUUGAUAUUCUCUUUCCAACAGACUUCCGAGUCACGGAAGCGAUCUACCGCGCCAUCACGGGCAAGUUGACUCGCGUGAUGUCGCAUGGCGACUUCAUGCGCAAGUGGGCAUAUGUUGAAGACACAGAGACUCGAAGUGGAGAGAACCCCUUGAUCUCAAACUACCGCAACGCCAGUGUUCUUGUAACCGUUUAA